AUGGUGGUUCAGGUAAAAGUGAAAGCACAACGCAUUGUUGCCUACGCAGCAGUGGCGCUAUCCGUUUUGUCCUUUCUGAUCGUUUGCGUAACUCUGCCUGUCGUCUUUAAAUACGUGAGGUAUAUGAAAGGAAGUUUGGAGGAAGAGAUCAAAUUUUGCAUAACUUCUGCAAAAGAUGCGCAGAUGGAAACCAAGCUCUUCAAGGCGAUCCCCCAUUCGACCAACCGAACUAUUCGCCAGACGAAUGAAAACCUCUCAUUCCGAGAUUCCUUUGCUGGAUGCCAGGAAACCCGGGUAGACCGCCUCGGCAACCAUGUCAUCCUGUCACUCCUCCGCCAUGUUUCCAAUGUCCGGGCUGUCACGUGGGAACGCGGGCCACGUGGAUCGCCUGGCGAACCUGGACCAAAUGGCUUUCCUGGACCACCUGGAGAGAAUGCAGCACCUGGAUUGCCCGGAGCACCUGGCCCUCCGGGUGCACCCGGAGAGACUGGAGAGCCCGGUCCGGACGGCAGACAUGGAGCACCUGCCCCUUAUCAGCCUGACGUACCGAGUCUACAAGGCGCUCCUGGAGAUCGUGGAGAAUGCGGAACACCAGGUCCACCCGGUUAUCCCGGACGCAACGGUCUUCCGGGACCACCUGGGCCGAGAGGUCCUCCUGGGCAAGUUGGUCCAGGAGGCCGUGAAGGACCCGUUGGUGCAUUCGGCCCCACUGGACCACAAGGACAACAAGGACAGAGAGGCAUAUGCCCGAAAUACUGCUCGAUUGAUGGCGGAGCUUUCUACGAGGACGCUGUCAAGAGAUAA